ACUGAACAGAGCUACCGCACUGUGGCAUGGCCCACAGCGGAGAUCACCAUUCAUCGUACAGUCACAGGCCCAUGUCUUGGUGAGCAGUGAGACCCUGACAAAUAGGGACACUUACUACAGCACAAGUAUACCUCAGACCUCUCUCGGUCCCGGGUUUGGCUGGUUUCCUCUUUCUGGUUGUGGUGUACAGCUGGCCCUGAUGUCGAGGAGAGAGGCAGCAGCACUUUUCUCUAUAUGAUUCUCCAGCUCUACAGCCUUGGAUCUGCAGUUCGACAGUCUGAUCGGACUCCUACUCCUCUACACCUCAGGGAUCCUCAGGUUUCUCCUCCACUUUAUUACAAUCUGUUGCGAUAUUUGCUUUACCCGUAGAUCGAUGGACAGCUGCUCCUUCUAGAAUCAUUGUUGUAUCUUUAUCAGGAUUAAGGACCUUGUAUUGGAGACAGGCUGGUGAAUGGUUGUCAACAAACAAGCAGAGAGGUCAAAAUGGAACCAAUUAGGAAAGACAUGGAGCUGCUAAGUAACAGCAUGGCUACCUAUGCUCACAUCAAAGCUAACCCAGAGAGCUUUGCUCUGUACUUCAUGAUGGGUGUGUGUUUUGGCCUUCUCCUGGCCCUGUGCCUCCUGGUCACCGGCAUCACCUGUAGGACCCGCCGUACCAAUAAGCCUCCCCCGUCCCCAGAGAGGAGACAACUGAAGGAGUCCAGUGAAGAAGAGGAGGAUGAGGAGAGUGUGGAUGUGGAAGAAGGGGAGGAGGCAGAGAUCCCUAAAGUGACGGUUGCGCCCAUGAGCGACCGCAACAGCCAAUUGAACGGUACUUUGAGGAGCGUGAAUGUGUUUGCGUCGGCGGAGGAGCUGGAGAGGGCGAGACGACUGGAGGACAGGGAACGCAUCGUCAGGGAGAUCUGGAGGAACGGACAGCCAGAUAUACUGACCACUGGAACAGGGACCAUCGGACGGAUACACUACCACUAAUGGACUAAAGUGACUUAAGGACCUGAAACACAUGGUCUGAACCCUGAAGUAAUUAGGGUUGAUCUACUCCAGACAGACACUGUAGCUGACUGUAUUAGGCUGGCACAGAUUCACCUUCAUCUUUUCAUUCAAUGAUUUUUUUGUUUUUUUUGUACAAACUAAUUUCAUUAUCAUUCAUGUACUGGCCUAUGACAAAAGUACAAACUAAUUUCAUUAUCAUUCAUGUACUGGCCUAUGACAAAAGUACAAACUAAUUUCAUUAUCAUUCAUGUACUGGCCUAUGACAAAAGUACAAACUAAUUUCAUUAUCAUUCAUGUACUGGCCUAUGACAAAAGUACAAACUAAUUUCAUUAUCAUUCAUGUACUGGCCUAUGACAAAAGUACAAACUAAUUUCAUUAUCAUUCAUGUACUGGCCUAUGACAAAAGUACAAACUAAUUUCAUUAUCAUUCAUGUACUGGCCUAUGACAAAAGUACAAACUAAUUUCAUUAUCAUUCAUGUACUGGCCUAUGACAAAAGUACAAACUAAUUUCAUUAUCAUUCAUGUACUGGCCUAUGACAAAAGUACAAACUAAUUUCAUUAUCAUUCAUGUGCUGGCCUAUGACAAAAGUGUGUUGCACAAUACAAUGUAUGCUUUAACAUGUAAUUAUUCAAUUAGUAUUGAGAUAAAUAGAAUGUCAUAACCACUGCUCCCAAUGGACACACAUAAUAAGUAACAUGAAAAAUACCCCACAAUGUUUUACAAUGCAGACAGCUUGAAGAACCAACCACCAACAUUGCUGCCUCUUCGUGUAUAAUGUCAACAUUUGCUUAUGGACUCUUCUAUGGUUGUGACGCUGCUCCCACACAGAGUCAGUUCCAAGCUCCAACCCUCCAGGCUAAUCUUAGCCGGCUAGAAGUCUUCCCACGGAAUCCUCCCAGCCUUUAACCCAGCGUUUAGCCACCACCUCUGACCCCAUCACUUCCUGUGUUACAGCAGCAGCAACACUCCCCUCAAGGGAAGAUUGUUGAGGACUUAUGAAAAGGCCACAUAUACCUGUUCUGCAUUCCAAAUGGAACCCCAUUCCCCACCUCUAUCAUAGGAGGUUGGUGGCACCAUAAUUGGGGAGGACAAGGGCUCAUGGUAAUGGCUGGAGGGGAAUCGGUGGAAUGGUAUCAAACACAUGGUUUCUAUGUGUUUGAUGCUAUUCCAUGAGAUGUCUUCCCCUCACCAGCCUCCACUGACUACUAUAUAUGGAUUAAUGUACCAUUUGGGACUCAUCCCUUUAAUAGCGCUUCAGUGAGUGACUCUAGUCUUUGACUUGAGAGGUUAUGUAACUUCAGUCUGCACAAAGUUGCAUAUUGAGCAUGUGAUCAUUGCCAAAUGCUUGAUUUGAAAUUGGCCCGAUAAAUAACAUUUCAGUCCACUGUUAAAUUCCUACAGUCCUAAGCAGACUUUUCUUUGGCCUUUGGUUAGGAAUGAUGCAAAAAAUAUCCUGUUGAGUCCAAAGCACUUCAGAUACUACAGCUUUGAAUGUGUACAAUUUAAAGGGUUAGUUCAGCAUUUUGGCAAUGAAGCCCUUUUUAAUAUCCCCCUUACGCCUUUAUCUCCUUCCCCAGUCAGAUGAACUUGUCUCUGCAUACAGUGUGAAGUUGCUAACCAGUGUUAUUGCAAUGACUGGAAGUCCAUGUAAGUCAGUAUAACAGAUUGUGAAAUAAACCAUUUUUUCAUUUAAA